AUAGUUAGAUCAGUAGGUAGGAAGAUAGCUGUUCCAUUUAUUGAUCCAUGGCUUUCAGAUGAUACACCCAUCGCCUCAGCCAAAGCGCCUCCUGCUGACAGCGACACUGAUGGAGAAGGUGUGGACGGGACGGGUGUCAACGGGCGUUUGUGGAGGACCGUGAUCAUUGGUGAACAGGAACAUCGGAUCGACAUGCAGGUCAUACGGCCCUAUCUGCACGUCAUAUCGCAUGGAGGGUACUAUGGCGAAGGCUUGAAUGCCAUCAUUGUGUUCACGGCUUGUUACCUUCCUGACAGCAGCUGCCCAGAUUACCAUUACCUGAUGGAAAACCUCUUUCUGUAUGUGGUGAGCAGUCUGGAGAUGCUGGUGGCUGAGGAUUACCUGAUCAUCUACAUGAAUGGAGGAACGCCGCGGAGUAAGAUGCCUGGCAUUAGCUGGCUCAAGAAGUGCUAUCAGAUGAUCGACAGAAGACUGAGGAAAAACCUGAAAUCUCUGAUUAUCGCUCAUCCGUCCUGGUUUAUCCGGACUGUCAUCGCAAUUUCCAAACCCUUCAUCAGCGUGAAGUUCAUGAAUAAGAUCUGUUAUGUGCACAGUCUGGAAGAGCUGGAAAAGAUUGUUCCUAUGGAUCAUAUCCAGAUCCCAGAGUGUGUCUUACAAUUUGAAGAGGGAAGAGUGAACGCUAGAAAAGAGAGAAUGGAGCAGGAACAGAAAGAGCAGCAGCAUCAAGACCAGCAACAGAAGCCAGUCAAUCCAGACACGACAACAGCGAUUGAAGAACCUGGACUCUGAGCGGACGAGCUUGAAUGUUUUUUUUGUUCAUUUUUCAUAUUGCCAAACUAUAUAUUAAUAUGCAUAUCAGACGACUCGAAACUGGUCUCAGAUCAGCAACAAAGUGGAAACUUUAAUCAAAAGUUGGAGGGUGAGAAGGCCAGCUGCUCUCGCUUUCCUCUGCAAAGGCACAAUUUUAAAAAAGCAUCUCCAAAUCCACCAACAGAUGGCACUACGCACAGAGAAAUGUCACUGUUUUCCCCGGUAGCAGGAUGACCAUUGUGCACUGUAGCCUCUUU